UGGUUCCCUCGUAGAACGGUCAGUGGCGUUCCGCCACAAGUGUCCGGUAGCGACGUAGCAGGAUUUGCAGCAGUAGCAGUGUACCAGCUACCUACCUGAUAUUAUAUAGCUAUCAUAGCACCCGCUGCGGCCGACCGACGAGGGCCCCGAACAAUAUCGUCGCCGUCACCGUAUACCGCGGUUACCGUAACGUAUAUAAUAAUAAUAUUAAAAAUAAUAUACCAUAUUAUUAUAUACAUAAUAUAUAUGGCGUUAACAUCACGAUACACGACGAUGGAAGCGUCGUCGUCGUCGUCGUCGUCAGUGAAGCAGCCCGCGGCCGUCGUUACUUCCGCGUUGCGCUGCUGGUCGUACACAAAAGCGGAGCGCCAGCAUCUGUUCAGGGUGUCUCGAUUGUUCAUCACGUUAUAUUACGUGUACGUGUCGUACUACGGGCUGUUUGUGUUGGAUCUGAACGGCGUCGAUCAUCCAACGUGGGGUAACCUAGGUUCCAACUGGUGGUGGAAAUGCGUCUCCGUGUGGAAUCUGAUAUUGCAAAUUUCUUACUUUAUUUAUUGCACGGUUUUCAUAGACUUUGCCGAUUCAGGCCCUGGAAAGUCGUGGAAAAAACUUAGAUUACAACAGAACAAGAAAAUAAGAGAUUUCAUAUUUGUCAGCCUUGUAUUCCCAUUAACAAUUUAUGUAUGUGUCAUGUUUUGGGCAAUCUGUGCGGUGAACAAGCCACUGUUGUUUCCGAACGAAAUGAACAAUUGGGUACCAGAUUGGUACAACCACGCAGUGCAUACCAAUCCGAUCGUGUUAACGCUUUUCGAUAUGGCCACCACCAAGUAUCGUCUGCCCAAACUAAUCGAAUCCACGGCGGGGCUGUUCGCUCUGUCUGCCUCAUACGUCACAUGUUUACUUUAUAAUAAAUAUACAACUGGAAGAUGGGUGUAUCUUAUCAUCGGAGAAGUUACAGAAAGUUUGACGGAAGUGAUAAUUUACUUUGCAGUAACGGCUUUUAUCAUGCCAUUUAUGUGUUUGUUGAUUGGUCACAAAAUGUGUUCAUGGUUUUCAAGCUCACAAAUGAAAGGAAAACAUAAAAUGUCUUAAGAACAAUAUAAAUAUUUAUAAAGUAUUUAUAUGAUAAUAUUGAUAGAUAAUAUUCAAACCAUUAUAACAUAGUAUUACAUUAUUACUUUUGCAACAACGUUUACCAUAAUAAAUAUUCUUGAUUUUAUUUAUUAAAAACAAUUAUCUAGUAACAUAUUAUUGACUAUAAAAUGUCAUACAAUUUUAUUUGUAUUAAUGCGUAAUUUUUAAAUUUUAUAAGUUAUAAUUAUGUUAACAUACAGAACACGUUUACGAUGAUUAAUCGUCAUAAAGCUGGUUUUGGUGAAGAACAAAUGUUUUAUAUUUUAUAAUGGGUAAAUCAAACGGUGUGUUGAUGUGAAGUGAUAUUAAUUAUAUUAUUUAUGGUACCUAUUAUUUUUAUUAUAAUAAAUAGUUACCUAAAUUAAAAUAUGUUUUAUUAGUUAUUGCUAAACUAAAAUUGCUCAAUCAUAUGUUUAUCUAAUAAAAAAAAUUGCAUUAAAAUUAACUGUUAUGUGAAAUAUAUGAAAAUAUAUAAAAAAGUUUUGAA